AUGCCCCAGAAUUACAAAAGGUCUAAAACGAUUGCAACGAAAAAAAAAAAACGGCCAGGCUUUUAUAAUGUGCCUGUAACAAAGUUCCUGGUUUUAUGCGUAGGCUGCUGCUCUAUUUUGGUUGCCAUACUUAACCUAAAGCAGUACUCUCAUUUGCAAUUAACGCCACACCUUAUAGUUCAUCAUCAAUUCUGGCGAUUACUGACCUCUCAUUUCAUAUUUGCUAAUUCAGGUGAUGUGUUUUUCGGUUCUAUAUUACUGUACACCAUGCGUGUCAUUGAAAGGCAGUAUGGAAGUGCAAAGUAUAUGGCCUUUCUUUUCAUUACCACCUUAAUAUCCACACUAUUCGAACUAGGUGCUCUGGCGUUCGGUGCUCGCAUUGGAUUAAAAAGCAUACCAGGCGGACCUUUCGCACUUUUAUUCGCUGUCUUAUAUCAAUACCAUCGCCUUAUCCCAGUAACAUAUCGAUUUCGAGUGUUUGGUAUAACAAUGAACGAUAAAUUAUUCUUGUACAUCUUGGCCUUCCAACUUGCCGUAUCUCAGUCAUUGCAAACGAUCACACCAGCUCUAUGUGGAAUUCUAUCAGGCGCUUUAUACAGAACCGACAUUGCAAAUAUCAAACAAUGGAGAUUCCCGUCCAUCCUCCAAAAGUUCACAAUACAAUUUAUAAAACCGUAUCUCGUCUCUCCUCCCAUUGCUAGAUCCUCUUCUACCACACCGAAUCAACGUCCUAUCGUGACUGGAAUAUCGCCUGUGGAUAACAUGAUGACAACUGGCUUAAGAAACCGAAGAGCAACCAAUUCCACCACCAACAGUACUAAUAGUAGGCCGGAAACACCUGCACCCGUAUCCGUCGCUGCAGAAGGUACAUCCUCCGUCAGGGAUUACUUUGAUACAAUCACAGGUAGAGAUGUGGCGGGAUCAGAACUGGAACCACCUUCGCCUGAACAUACCAGAGUUUUGGUAGUCAUGUUUCCGGAUCAUCCAAGAGAGACAAUCACAAGAGCGCUAUCAUCAGCGCAUAACGAUUUAAACAGAGCAGUUGAAAUCAUGUUGAGUACACCGUCGCCUGCACACGCUACUGGAAGUAGUACGACGAGACCCUCAGAAUAAUAAUACAGCUUAUCCUUUCCCCCGUGCAUGAUAAAAAAAAACACCCCUUUCUCACUCCUUUGUUUCCUUUAUAAAUUGUAGACGACAAAAUAAAAAUUAACUAGCCUAAACACGUUGUUGCCCUGCUUGCUAUGUCAAUGUUUAUCGCGGAAAUAUUCAUUAACUUUGUUGAACACUCGUGUUUAAUAGGUCGUCUCUUAUUUAAGUGCCAGAUAUGAGUCUAUCCAAAGUUACUUCAACCUCUUUCCUAGAAAGAAAUAAAACACGCUAGAGAGCAAUCAUACAAUCAUGGAAAAUUACAAGUUAUUUUCUAAUAAAUUGAUUUGCUAUAACCAGCUCUUCAUAUUGCUUGACUUCAAAGACAAUGGUACUAUUGUUUAUCCACUGGUGCUUUAUAUACUCGGGAAAGUAUGAUUCAGACCUUUACCCUAUGAGUUUUUUUUUUUCUCAAGUACAUGGAGAGAAUGAAGAAUUCCAUUCAGCUUUUUU